AUGUGGGUGUUGAAGGCGUUUGGGGAUAUGACCACGAAAAACACUGAGGAUCCAAUGAGAAGAACCGCAAAAGCUCAGGAAGACAGAGAAGAUGAUCCAAAGAAGAGAAGCUUCAAACAAGCCUCUUGGUACCGUGAACCUAAUGUGGAAAAUACAAAGCUGUCUCCGACCCAGGGAAAGCCACAAACAGGGAAUCACAAACCAGGCAAUCACAGAAACUUGGUGCGCAAGGACCAGAGGUAUGGGGAUGAUGGUGAUGAGAGUGAAGGUAGAAGAGGCAAUCCGGUAAAGAGCCGACUUGGACCUCGUACUGAUACCAUUCUCCAAGCAAAGAAAAAAAAUUGCUAG